AUUGUGGCUAGCUUCACAUAGGUAGAAGUGGUUUAUUGCAGGGACCUGUUUUGAAUACAGAGGAAAGUUCUACUUCAGCGUUGUCAAUGUUUGCUGUCAAUAUGUAGAGUCAUGCAUUUGAACAGUCAAGGCAGAAGAUCUACGGUGACGGACAUGGAUACAACAGCUCUGGUCUAUAAGAUCCUCUGUGCCCAUAAUGGGUAUUUUGAGCUGGAAGAAAUGCGUGCCAACUUUAGCACGCCAGAAGAUGACCUGGAGAGUGUUUUAGGGAAUCAGGAUAUGUUUACCAGUGCUGUCUUUGAGGGAAACAAACUGAUAUUUGCCAAGACGAAGAUGAGAUUAUGCAGAGACAAGGAAUGUAAUGGCUGCAGCAAUUUACAUCUGUGUAUAUUCUACCUUUAUGGAACGUGUCGAUUCAGUGAAGGACAAUGGUGCCGCUUCUGUCAUGAGCUGACGUCAGAAUACAACAUCAGAGUCCUGCGAGAGCAUCACCUGGAGAAAUUGGACAAGAGGGAGCUGUGUAUGUUACUACUGCAGAAUGACAACACCCUCUUACCCCCAGUUUGCUUGACAUACAACAAAGGUAGUGGAGAGUACGGAUACUGUCCUGACAAGGAGAAAUGCAGAAGACUCCACGUCUGUGAGCGCUACAUUACAGGAACCUGUGCUGCAGAGGUGGACUGUGACAGGUCUCACGACUUCUACGAGCCCCACCCGCUCAACACCCUACAGCAGAGGGGAGUACCUAAUGAACUGGUGGCAUCAAUAUUGUACACCUACCGCAACAACCAGGCCAUUCAGUAUGAGGAAGGCUCUAGACCUGUGUGUCAUCCUCCUCCUCCACCACCACCACCCCCACAAACAUAUCUCCCGGCCCCCAAUGUUGUCCAAAGAGAGACCCACUACAUCCACUUGCAGCCAAUCAUAGUACACUCACAAGUGACCCCUUCAAUGCUCUGCAAUUUCAAGUUAAAAUCACGUCCCUUUGUCCAGACCAAACCCAAGAGCCAUACUAAGCCAUCAUCAGCUUCACACCAAUCAAAACCCUCUAAACCACCUACACCAGCUCCACACCAAUCAGAGUCCGCUAAACCGCCUCCACCAGCUUCACACCAAUCAAAACCCUAUAAACCACCUACACCAGCUCCACACCAAUCAAAAUCCUCUCACACGGCUCCACACCAAUCAAAAUCCACGAAACCACCUUCACCAGCUCCACACCAAUCAAAAUCCUCUAAAGCGCCUCCACCAACUCCACAGCAAUCAAAAUCCUCUAAAGGCCCUCCACCAACUCCACAGCAAUCAAAAUCCUCUAAAGCGCCUCCACCAACUCCACAGCAAUCAAAAUCCUCUAAAGCGCCUCCACCAACUCCACAGCAAUCAAAAUCCUCUAAAGCGCCUCCACCAACUCCACAACAAUCAAAAUCCUCUAAACCGCCUACACCAACUCCACAGCAAUCAAAAUCCUCUAAACCGCCUCCACCAGCUCCACACAAAUCAAAAUCCUCUCAACCAGCUCCACAUCAACCAAAAACAACCAAAGCUCCUCCAUCAGCCAGGCGAAGAUGAAUUUUUGCAGAAACCAGAAAUCACACAGUACCAGUCAAAAGUUUGGGGACACCUACUCAUUUCAGGGUUUUUCUUUAUUUUUGACUAUUUCCUACAUUGUAGAAUAAUAGUAGAAGACAUCAACUAUGAAAUAACACAUAUGGAAUCAUGUACUAACCAAAAAAGUGUUAAGCAAAUCAAAAUGACUUUAUCGGGGUUGACAAAAAAGUUGUCAACCCCGAUAAAAUUUAAUAAUAAUCCACAUUUCCUGUUGCUUCAGGAUUGUUUUCCUGCUGUGAAGAAACUGGUCAAAUUAAGAUCCUACAUCAGUAUCAUACUGACAAGAUAUACAGUACGUACAUGGGUCAGGAUUUGAACCCUUGGGGGUUGGAGAAAACUGAGACUGUUUGACAGGAGCAUUAGCUCUCUGCGCCACCCCAAAGCUUUGCUUGUUAGAAUUUCAUGAUAUCUUGAUAGUUACAUGUGUUUCCUAGACUACAUCAGAAGAGAGCAGCCUUGGCUGGAUUUUAAUUCACAACAUUUGCGCUUCUAAUAUGUCUUUUAUCAACUUUCUAAUAUAGAAAUGAAGAAAGUGUUUAUUGUGCAAAAUCAUUAUGUUUUGUGACUGACAUACUGGAUAUCUCAAGGCUAUGGCCUGACAGAAUUUCAAAAGAAACAAAGAGAAAAGUAUUCUUUCUCUACAGUGCAGUGACCAUUCCUCUCUGCCACCAUAGCACUUGAAAUGGAGGUCAUACAUUUGGACAUCACAGAAACAUUUUUUAUAUACAGUACAAAUAGUAUAUGAAGUCAAAUGCAUAUCACCUGAUCAGGGGUUGCUGAGCACAAAGGAUCACCUGAACAUACAGUUAACCCACUGUUCCUAGGCCUUCACUGAAAAUAAGAAUUUGUUCUUAACUGACUUGCCUAGUUAAAUAAAGUUUUUUUUUAAAGUUUGCAUUUCUUGCCAACGUAGUCUCAGAGCAUUUCAUAUUAUUUUGUACGUAAAUAUGAAACACUCCAUUUAGUAUAUGUUACGUUUCGUAUGGUAUGUAUUAAUUUGUGGAUGUUCAUCAUCCAUUUCGUGUGAUAUGUUACGAAUGACAAUACAUAUGAUAUGUUACGAACUGCAAUUCGUACAAUAUGUUACAAAUUGUAAUACAUACAAUAUGUUAUGAAAUGCAAUUCAUACAAUACGUUACACAUUUUCCAAAUAUAAUAUAUGUUACAAAGUUGCAAACAUAUAUGUUACGAAUUCCAAUUUGUUGUGGCUAAGGUUAGCUAGGUUGCUAGCGCUAACGUUAGUUAGGCUAAUGGUUAGGUUAAAGGGUUAGGGGAAAGGUUAGCUAACAUGCUAUGUAGUUACAAAGUAGCUAAAAAAUAGUAUGUAGCUGCUAAAAUUGUGAUGAGAUUCAAACACACAACUUUUGAGUUGCUAGACAUUUGUCUUAUUCACCCAGACCAACCACCCUCCUUUCGAUUUUGCCUUAAUGUAACUUCUAUCUUAUGUUACAUUUGGUGUGGUUACAUAUCAUACUAUGUUACUUCUAGUCUAUUAGACCCAUUCUCAGCAACAAAAGAGUGAUCAAAUGAAGAUGUCCUAAAAUGGUAAAUGUGACGUAGUACAGUAGGGCUCACACACACAUGCUCCAACACAAACCUUUAUUGGUAAACAAAGUCAACUUCAUUAAUAUUGCCAGUGUAUUCAACCUUGACAGCAACGAUUCCAAAUGCGUAAUGGCCAACAAACAAUCCAGGGCAAACAACGGCAGAAUAAAAAAAUUGGGUUUGGCUGGCAGGGCCAGGCUUUUGCCGAGAUACACGUCCAGGCUUUGGAGUAUGAUUUGUCUGAGCUUUAAUAGUGGAGUUACCAUCACUGUUCUGUAUGAGGCACUGGGGGUAAACCUGAUACUUUUCAAAAACUACAAACACAUUGGGGUCUUGGAUGUUGUCCACACAGCUGUCAUAGAAGAUGGAUCCUCCUGUUUCUUUAGGAGGUAGUUUUACAUAGCUGAAGUUUCCCUCAGUGUAGUCUCCCACCAGCACAUGACAAACAAACAUGGACCUUGCUCCUGACUGUCUGGUGUAGCUGUGGGAGAACUUAGCAUCCCUUACAGUAACUUGUUUUUAGCCCCAUUAUGAUCUAUGAUGUUCACAGACAUAGGCAAGCACAUUUUCUGUGCCAAUUCAAUUCAUUUGAAUUCAUGGAAAUAUUGCAUAUACACUGUAGUGGCAUCCCACCUUUUCCGUAGGCAGUUCUAUUUGCUCCACAUAGUGUCCAGUCAAUGUUGUCUCUGCAAAUACUGUCAACAUGUUGAGUCAAUCACCCCAAAAAACUUUCUCAUUGAUGCUUCUUCCUGAGGAUUUGAUAAUCUGAGCAUGAAUGGGCCUAUUUCAGUGUGGAAUCAUUUACAAUUAGUAAGACUAACAAAGGUGCCAUUCAAAUGGUAAAUUCCAUUAGAAGCUGUUCAAUAAAUGAAUAUUGAUAUAACUAUCUCUUUAAGAAACCUACAGUGUAUCAAUUAUUUUGGCCAGAGUUUAGUACUCUCCCAACAGUGGGUUUGUGAACCCCCACUGUCAUUUUCUCAAAUGUUCUUGUGUACAGCUUUGUAUUGCUUUGACCUUGAACACAUUACUCUCUGAUGAAAACAUAUUUACAGUAAGACAAAGUCUUACUGACAGCAAGGCCAUUCUGGCACUCUUACAUGCUCUUAUUAGAUGUGCUUGCUGAAAUAAAAAUAUUUGAUUUGCCUUCCUCUGCCAUCUGUAGUGCCAAAACCGGAAAAUCUACCAACACCAAAACAAAUUUAAAAUGUGCAUGCUGACUGUCUUAAUUUUGCUUGAAAACAACUUUUGGAUACUACUUAUACUUUCCACACUACAACCAUAUUUGCAAGAAUUCCAAUGUUUCAAUGGCCAUUGGAUUGAAUGAGGAAAAUUGUGGUCGCUACUAGUUUUCAACCGUUUAACAUAGAAAUACCAUUCAAACUUUAAAACGUGCAGACCAGUCUUGAAUAGUGUGCUUGUGUACAGCUUUUUGUAUACUGUUUAUACUUUAACUAUAACCAUUUAAAGUUUGCAUAAACACUCCAAAGGCUUAAAUGUGAAGUAUUUGGAUUAGCCACUGCUCUUGAAUCCUUAAAGAUGCAAACACCAAACCAAAUUUGACAUGUACAGACUGACUCAACUUAGAUUGUUGAUGCUUUUUGUACUUUUUGAAAUAUAACCAUAUAAAUUAGCAUAAAACCUCCGUAGACUUCAAUGGUCAAAUUUGGAAUUGCCAAUGUUCUUGAACCAUUUAAAAAUGAACCAAUGUUAAAAUGUGCAGCUUGUCAAUAGAUCAGGUUGAUUAUAUUUAGACUUUAUAAACUGUAAAACAUUUUUAUCACCAAUCAUUUUAUUUUAUUUUGGUAAGAUUUUAUUUUUUAUUUUGGUCUUGACAUAGGCUGCAGUCCAAACAUGUAAUUUUGACCCCUUCAGCUCUCACGCUAGCCACUUUCCCUCAGGAGAAUCCCCAUCAAAACCGGAUGCAGUGCAGUUUGAUUGCCAUCUUAAGUGGAGGUCUAAUUCACAAACGUUGCCCCCUCUCCCCUCGAUUUAGCUAGAGGGAGCAAGAGAAGAACUUUGAUCACUUGUGGGGUUAAUAUGACCCACAAUUCAGUGAAAACUGUAGUCACGUGUCAAAGUCCGGUGACCGCGAAGUGUCCAAUUUAAUCAACAUGGCUGCAUUUUUGCCAUUUGUGAGCUUGACAAUAGCUUACUAAAAAGAUAUACUGUAUAUAGAUUAAAAUGAUUUUAGCAUUGGCAAAUAGGAAUGAUGCUCAAAUUGGCUUAGUCUCAUUGUGAGGAGCCUAUAAAAAGUAGCUAGCUUCAUAUACAUGUAAAUUAAUAAAUAAAUUACAUAACUAUAAAACUAGCUAGCCAGCUAUGGGUAACUGUAUACCCUGAUGAAGACAGCAUGUCUGUUGAAAUGUUGGAUAUUAGGUUUUUAAAUUAUUGCAUUUGAGCUAGAGUGUGUGGCUCUCCUUUUAAUGUUUUAACUGUAGCUAGCUACCUGACAGGAGUGCUAGGUAGCUACAUAAGCAUGCUAGGGGCAUUAAUAGCUUUAGGUUGGUUGUUUUUAUGCUCAACUUCUCUCCCUACUUUGAUAUUAUUUUAUACUUUUCAACAAUAAGCAUUUCAAAUUUACAUUAAAACUCCAUAGAUUAGAAUAGUACACUCUAGCGACUCCUUGUGGUGACAGGGCUCAUGCACGCUGACUUCAUCGCCAGCUGUACUGUUUCCUCCGACACAUUGUUGCAGCUGGCUUCUGGGUUAAGUGAGCACGUGUCAGAUGAGCAGACUGACAUAGAUUGCUUCAAUAAAGCGUUACAGUACUAUUUAGUGCUAAUACUACAACUAUUGCAGUAAACCUCUACUACUACUACCACCACCACUAGUGUUGCAGAUGCUACUGAUACUACCAUUACUACUAGCCCACUAUAACCCACUAUAAUAACUCUGCACCCACAAAUCACUCCAAAAUAGAUCACUAUAACUAACCCAUAGCCUAUUGUCAUGAAUGAGCCUAGUCAUUGUGACCUGAUAACUCCUCCAGCCCCAACCGGACUGUUAAUACUGAAACAAAGAAGCAGAAAAAGAGGAAACAACAGCAAGCUGCUGAAGAGGCAGGGAGGAAGUGGCGGGUGCGGGUAGACUACAGAUGUUCCACUGCUGGAGGGCGGAAGUUGAUCUUGUAUAGCGUCACUCUCGUCGAACUCAAGCCCUGAGUUAGAGCCACAGGUUGGCGGCACCUUAAUUGGAGAGAUCGGGCUGGUGGCAAUGGCUGGAGCGGAAUUGGUGGAAUGUUAUAAAAUACAUCAAACUCAUGGUUUCCAUGUGUUUGAUGCCAUUCCAUUAGCUCGGUUCUGUUGAUUAUUAUGAGCCACUCAGCAGCCUCCUGUGGUUAGAGCUGGUGGAGCUGCCGAAUGGCACGUGGGCGUUGAAUUAGAUGUCACCGUGGAUCAUCGUCAUAUGUGAAGAAGACAAUGUGUUACCUAACUGUUUAGACAUCACGUGUAAAGGAGACAACGUCUUGUAUGCCUGUAAUUAAGAGAGGCAUGGGAAAAAUGUAUAAAUAGCAAAGUAAGAGAUAGGGAAAGGGCAGAUGCUGGGGCAGACAGAGCAGGAGCAGAUUGAUUUGUCAGAAGCUUGAAGAUUUGGUUUAAGCCCUUUCCUGCAUUCGAAUUACCUAGUGGCUUAAUGGAUCGAAUGUUAAUAUUUCUAAUAAUUAAUAAACAUUUUAAAAUA